CACGGAUGAACUGCCGGGCGGAUCGAGAGAGCUGAGGCUGGGCGCCCCGAUGCAGCUCCAGCUACGGACUGUGUACUGACGGAUCUGUCGUUUCAAAGUAGCUGAGAGAGCCGUUAACGCUUGUUUCUGGCAGCUGCUGUUUUUAUCUGACAUUACUGAGGCAAUGCAGUCCCAGGGCAGCACUUCCUCUCAGCCCUCUUUCGAUUCCCUGAGCUCCAGCGACAGCCUCUUGUUCAGCGACUCAGAGCAAGCAGAGGACGACACAGACGUCUUCCUGACAGACAACUCGUCCUCCGUCAUUAUCGGCGAGGCGGGCGGGCCUACAGCCAAUGCAGACGGGGGAUCGGAAAGUCCCGGGUCCCAGUGGGCGUGCGACGGCUUCACCGAUAAAGAGGAAGAGGAGGAGUCAUACAGGCUGGAGAGUGGCAGCAAAGCAGCUCACAUCAGAUUGGAUGAGAGGGAUCCUACGAGCCAAAUCCCAAAAUCAGAGGGAGAUCUGCUGUUUGCUCAAAAGUGUGCUGAGCUACAGGGUUUUGUCAGGCCCCUGCUGGAGCUGCUGAAUGGACUGAAGAGGGGCCGAUUCGACCGCGGUCUGAGUAGUUUCCAGCAGAGCGUUGCCAUGGAUCGAAUCCAGAGGAUUGUGGGAGUUUUACAGAGACCCAACAGCGGGGAGAAGUACCUGAACACUCUGCUCCAGGUGGAGAUGAUGUUAAAGCUUUGGUUUCCUCAGAUCCCCACUCAGCCUGUCUCUGCAGCCUCCAGCGUCGCCACAUCCCCUGCCCGCUCCCUCCAAGACACUUCCAGCUCCACCCCGCCACACAAGCACAGGGAUCAGUUACAUAUUCCCGUCAAGAAACGUAGACUCAGCUGGACAGGCACGGACGCUCCCGCGCCUUCCGCAGCGCUUCUCAAGUGCCCUCGUAUCAGAGGAGAGGAAAAGAGGGUGAAGCAAGAUCAAGAUGAAAGGGAGGACCCUCCUCCUCCAUCACUGGCUUCUGAUGCAAGUCAAAAUCCACCAGAUGUGGCCGGUAACAGCCAGCUAAAUGAGGACACAAAGGGAAAGGACAGUGACAGCGAGGAACUAGGCAAGCUAUCAAAGUACAAAGCAGGUCAACGCUCUGAGCCGAGCCUGACGUGGGUUCAUGUCGCCCCCAUCCUGUCCCCGCGAAAAGCCUGCAACUCACACGAGGGCACAACCGCGGCGGUUAACAAUGAAAACCAGCCUGUCACUGCCAUUCUCCCGCCCAGCAGGAGGGGCAGCCCCGCUACACAAGACAGCUCCAUCUCUUCUACCACACCCUACAAGCACCCCAAAAAUUUGAAGAAGCCGAUCCGGUGCCAAAGCCAGCCUGUUGCUGGACAACAGAGUGAGAGUGAGACCGUCAAGGCCUGCCAGGGUCAAAGCCAAUCUCCUCAUGUCACACUUAAGCCUUUGCCCAGGGUGUGCCCCACCCCCUUAGAGACCUGAUGCAUUGAACAAGCAAAGAGCCGGCAGCGUCGCUUUGUUACACCACUGAGCUUAAAGCUGCUGUGAGAGGAAGAAGGGAAGAGGCUGAAGGCCUGUCAUUACAGAAACAUUAAAGAGAGGAAGGGGAGGAAAGAAUUGUAGGUGCUUAGAUGUUGAAGACAAAUGAUAGAUGACACACAACCCCUCAUCAAGACCACAACUUUAACAGUAUUUCAAACAACAGGACGUAAUGUAUUCCAAUGAAUCAAAUCUAGUCAAUAAUCACAAUUCCAUAACAGUUAAAAUGUGCACAAAGGUGGUUGUGUUUGAGGGGAAUGGGAAAGAACACCUAAAGCUUAAAGGCUAUUAACAGGUUAUUGCUUAACAACCAAUAGGAGAGAUUAUGAAGAAUUUCUACGAGCAAACGCUUGUUCCUCCUCAGCAUGAAAACAAUCAAUAUUCUGUAUUCAGAGAUGGCUGUUUUUAGCAGACAUCUAACUUGAGGGACAUUCUCAAUCAGAAAAUAGGAAAGCUGAUGUCAGUGUUCAGAAUGAAAGCUUCCAGAGUUUUAUUUGAUGAGGUAACUCUAGUUAGGAUGCGAUCCAGAGGGAGUAACACAGAGUGAGCUGGAUCUGAUUCUACGUUGACUUUACAUUCACUUGUAGAUAGAACUGAGGUGUCUGGCUUGCAGAGGGAAAAUGACAUCGAAGUCAUUUGAAAAUCUUGGUAGCCAGUGAUGUGAGAAAUCCAGUGUACAGGAAGCGGCAUUGUACUGUACGUGUGGUGUGUUGGAGUCAUUGGACACUUGUGGAAAGAAUGAUGUCAUCAACUCACGAAUGUAAUCCAAGAACUGUUCGGGCACUUGGCUGGCAGAUCGGCGGCAAGGCAUCGAGAGAGGAGUGACAUCACAGCCAUCAGAGGUCACGUAACUUUUCCUGUCACCCGACUGCAAACCGACAUCAGCAUCAUGAAAAUCCAAGAAAGACUUUAAAAAGACCAGCCUGAGGAAAAAUAAGGACCACUCAAGGACAUAUGACUCUGGAGUCCCACGGUUAAUUUAUUCAUGUGUUGAUCUGACACUGCUUUAAUUUAUUGUUUGUAUUUAUUUAUUGGGCAGCUGAGUAUCGCCUCCUGUGCGCUUGCAUAGUUUGGCCUACAGUUUUUUUUUUUUUUUUUUUUGGUUAUUUUUGAAGCGAUAGGGAAGAUGCUGUUGACAGUUUGUGGUUUUUAUUGCUAUCAUGAGGGGAAAAAAAAAACUGAAGGAAGUGAAAUAAUCUUAUGAUUGAACUAUUGGACUACUGUGCCUUUUUACCAAAUAGGAUGUGUUCAGAAAAAAAGCAUUUGGUGCUUUCAGUGCACUCAUACUGCGUUUUGAUUGUUUGCUUGUAUUUCACACAAACCAGUACACAUUCAGUCAUCAAAGCCUACAUGUAGUCAUUUUCAUCUUGCUUCUGAAGUUACACACAGCAUCAAAACCAACAGUUUCAUCAACUAUCCACUGCUUAAUAACCGGCGUCCAGCUCUAGUAUUCUGACAUCUACAGUUAAUCCAAACUGCCUACAUCCUCUUCAGCUUUUAAAUACACCAACAGCAGUGGCUACUAUUUGUCAUGUACUAUUCAAGUGUAGCCUUCCUUUGGGGCUUUUAUAUUGGUUCGGAUCAACAGAGGAACAGACUGAACUGCACUCAUAGUUGGUGCUCUUGAAAACUUGAAAAAAAGAAAAACCCAGAAAAUAUAAAUGUAACCCUCUACUGCUGCUACUGUUAUUCUAAUUCCAGUUCUAAUUUAGAUGUUUGAUAGGAGGCGCUCUCUUUAUUUGGAAAUCUGCUCACAAUAUUCUUAUAAAUGUAGGAGGGGGUUUAGUGAUGUGAUUGGAUUUACCUAUAUUGCAAAAGAAUUGUAAAUAUUUAGACUAAUGUAUUUUUAAAUUGGUAUGAGUGGUUCAUAUGCUAUUUACAUUGGGGGGGGGGCAGGUGUGUGUGUGUGGGGGGGGUUAUCCAUGUACCAAACGUCCUCCAAAAAAAAGCACCACAUGUGAACACAGAGCCACUGGCAGCCUCCAUGUUACUGCCUAUGUUUUUGGAGUAUGGCGCGUACAACCCUUCAGUCACAGACCCAGAGUCAGACUGUCCUUCCCCAUUCUGUCUUCAGACAUGACAGCAAGAUGCUCCAGACGCUGACUCUCGAUCAGAGGCUGGGGGUGUCUUCCACCCAACUCCUGUUUUUAUACGGUUGUGGUAAGACAGACAAACCAAUUGCACUUAUUUUUCAUUGUUUAUGUCCUUUUUUUUUCAUGUACGUUUUCUACUGCAGCGACCGACCACUGCUGACUGGUCAGAAAUAAUGUCUUGUUUAUUUUAGCUGCCUUCUUCUUCUUACAUUGUAAACGCUGACUGUAGUUCCCCCUCGCCUCCCCUCCCCCACUCUGCUGCAUUCGUCUGCUCCUGCCCUCUCUCCUUCAUCUCCCUCUACCCCGUUAGUAUCUUUUCUUUCUAAACUAAACUCUGUCUUUCUCUCACCCCAUCUUUACAUGAUAUUACUCUUCUGGCUACUUUUUCAAUAACGAUACAAAAGGAAGAAAUCUUUUAAUAAAUGACACAUUUUUGAAAGCUGAA